AUGGCCAACGUGCUUGCGGCGGUGGGUUUCAGCAGUCCACAAGUGGUCAAGACUGCUUCAAUAAACACACUAGCGGACGACACAGUCAACAAAAGACUUCUGGUGAAUUAUAAGGCCACGGAUCUAAGCGAAGCGAACGGCCUGGGCCAAAUCGAGGAUAGCGACGACGAACGAUUUCAACGUAUGUACUAG